GCCAAGGUCGUCGAGCUUGGGGACGCCGUCGAAGAAACGAAUCUGGCCGUCGUCCGGACCGGCGCUCCAAUGAGCACCGGAGAUCCCACGUACCAGGCGGAAAUCCUGGUGCCGCAGGGCGGCACACAAGCGGUGAACCACUCUGGCCGACCCCGUGUCAUGUGCAUUCGCGGACCUACUCGACCUUCGAAGGACCAGGCAUUGACUGAUGCCGCGCGGCUCACUGAGGCGGCGAAG